AUGCCUCGUCGGUUCAGCAACACCUCCUCCAUCGACACCCCUUCUAAUUCUCCCUCCUUCUCACCCUCCACGGGAAAGGGCAGCAUCGCCACCAAGGCGCCCUCGGUCAAGUCUCAUCGCCUGUCCCAAUUCUUCUCGGUCUCGCCCAAAUCCAAGACCGAUUCUCAGCCUCCUCAGUCGACCCCUCAGUCGGCCAGUGGGAAUCCUAAUCCGCCGAUCAGCUCGGCAUCACUGUCCUUACCGACAAUUUCUUUGUCCACCGCUACCGCUGAUAAUCCGAACAUGGAAGAAUCGCCGACCACCCUCUUCCAGCCGCCAACUCCUGAGGAGGCCCGCCGGCUGGCCAAGCAACAUGCUCAAUUCGGUCCCAUCGGUCAUGCGAGUCACCGCUACUCCAGUCGGCACCCUGGUGGUGUUUUCCCGGAACCGGUGAUGGACGAACCGCCGUAUUAUUAUCUGCUUACGACGUACAUCAGCUACCUAAUUCUAAUUGCUUUCGGUCACGUUCGUGACUUCUUUGGAAAGCGCUUCCGCGAGGAAAACUAUCGUCAUCUCAAGGCCCGCAACGGCUACGGUGCCCUGAACAGCGAUUUUGACAACUUCUAUGUGCGUCGCCUCAAGUUGCGUAUCAACGAUUGCUUUGAGCGUCCCGUCACUGGUGUUCCUGGCCGCACCAUCACUUUGAUCGAUCGUGCCACGGACGACUACAACCACCACUUCUACCUGACAGGUACCACCACGGAUACGUUGAAUCUGAGCUCGUACAACUACCUGGGAUUCGCCCAGUCGGAAGGUCCCUGUGCCGAUAUGUCGGAAGAUUCGGUCCGGAAAUAUGGUAUCUGCACGCCUAGUACUCGCGCGGAGACUGGCACCCAGGAUCUUCACGUCGAGGUGGAGGAACUCAUAGCGAACUUUGUCGGCAAGGAGGCAUCCAUGGUUUACUCCAUGGGAUUCGGCACCAACGCCAGUAUCUUCCCUGCUCUCGUUUCCAAGGGUUGUCUUCUCAUUUCCGACGAAUUGAACCACGCUUCUAUUCGCUUCGGUGCUCGUCUUUCCGGGGCUUCGAUUGCCAUGUUCAAGCACAAUGACAUGCGGGAUCUUGAAGUCAAGCUCCGCGAAGCCAUUUCUCAAGGCCAACCCCGCACCCACCGCCCCUGGAAGAAGAUUUUGGUUGUUGUCGAGGGUCUAUAUUCGAUGGAAGGGUCUAUGUGCAACCUGCCUGGUCUUGUUGAAUUGAAGCACCGAUACAAGUUCCACCUGUUCGUUGAUGAGGCUCACUCUAUCGGAGCUAUUGGUCCUCUGGGCAAGGGUGUGUGUGACUUUUUCAGCAUUCCUACUUCGGAGGUCGACAUCUUGAUGGGAACGCUCACAAAAUCGUUUGGUGCCAACGGUGGAUACAUUGCAGCCGACAAGGCGAUGAUUGACAAGCUCCGGGCCACCAGCUCGGGUAUCUUCUACGGAGAGGCCCCCGCACCGGCGGUGCUCACCCAAAUUUCUUCCGCUCUUCGCAUCAUUAGGGGCGAUCUCGUUCCUGGACAAGGCGAGGAGCGAUUGCAACGAUUGGCUUUCAACUCACGCUACCUCCGCCUGGGCCUAAAGCGUCUUGGCUUUAUAGUAUACGGCCACGAUGAUUCGCCAAUCAUCCCUGUUCUGCUCUUUAAUCCCGCAAAGAUGCCCGCCUUCUCCCACGAGAUGCUCAAGCGCAAGAUCUCCGUUGUGGUUGUCGGAUACCCCGCUACUCCUUUGGUUUCGUCCCGUGCUCGUUUCUGUGUGUCGGCUGCUCACACCAAGGAUGAUCUCGACAGAGUUCUGGUUGCUUGUGACGAAAUCGGCAAUGUCCUGCAAUUGAAGUUCUCUACUGGUAUUGCUGGUGGUGCGCUACCCCCUGCCGAAGAAAUGGCUCCUCCGCCCGAGAUGGAGAAGGAGUGGCAGCGUAAGCGCAGUCCUCACAUUUCUCCUCCCCGAUGGCGGGUCGAGGACGUUGUCCGACGUGGAGUUCAGGAUGUCAAGUCACCCUUGUAUUAG